AUUCUACCAGCGCCACCUGUCAACAAUUCGUAAAGGAAAAGCGCCAUGAUGGUUCGCCAGGCCAUCGCCUGGGUAGCGUUACUGGGCAUUAUUUCACAACUACAAACAGCCCAAGCAAUUCAGUGUUACCAAUGUGACAGUAAUGAAGAUUUGUCAUGUCCAUCCUAUGAGGCCUUUGAUAAAGAAGUUAAUGCACCCAUCAACUGCAACAGCUUCGAGGCCAACACCCCUGGACAGUUCUGUAUGAAAAUCACCCAGGAAAGUCCAGGAUGGAGAGGUUGGAAAAAGAUCACAAGAAGAUGUGGGUCAAGGACAGAUCAGGGAGUGGCUUGGGGUUGCCGUUGGCAGUGGGAUACAGUGGGUGUAUUUAAGGAGAUCUGCUACUGUGAAUCGAACAAUUGUAACGGAGCCGGACAAGUGAAGAUGUCAUUUACAGCUGUUGCCAUGGUUUUUGUUGGAUAUUUGCUCCGAAGAUUCCUAUAACCAAAACAUAAUUAUCUAAGAGUCAGAUUCAUCAUUCCCUUACAGAAAAUUUUCUAAAUAUUUGUUUUUUUAUCUAGCUUUGACAGAGCAUAGGAAAUUUGUUGAUAAAUUAUGAUAAAAUUUAAAAUAUUAUAUUAAAAAUUUCUAGUUUUGUAUGAAGUAUAUUGGUUAGCAAGUAGUUUUGAAAGAAAAGGCGAUGUGAUUAAAAAGCAUCCCCAUCACUUUUCCCCUAUGCAAACCUGUAAACGUUAAUUUAUUUAGUGGUUUCAAUUAAUGACAUCUUAAUUAGUAAUCGUACUAUCUUUGACACUUUCUUGUUAUUCUCAAUUGAUUAGGUGUACUCAGAAGUUGGGUUUUUUUUUUAUUUUUCAACAUGAUUUUAUUUUUUUCAAAUUACAUUUGAUUGUAAUGAUUUUUUCCAUAAUAAACCAUGAUUCCCAAAGAAUACUGACUCAUUUAAAUAUAAUAAUCUUCAACGUCCAAUAAUCCCGAAAUAAAUUUGUGAUAAAAUUUUAUACACAAGAUGUUGUAUACAAGGCCUGUGUAGUUGAUGUAGUGUGAAGAGCAAUUAUGAUGCUUUAUAUGUAUCAAGUGAAUUCUGAAUGAUAAUUUUUUUGUGAAAAGUUAUAAAAAGGUAAUCAAUGUGCAUGAUUAAAUGCUUGUAAUCAGUAAGAUGUGUGAAUGAGGAGAAAAUUUGUGAUUAUAUAGAGUGAGAAUGAUUCUGAAUGUGGAUGCAAGGUUUGCAAGCUAUUGCUUAAACCAAGGGGUAGCAUGUUGCCCCCACACCAUAUCAAAACAUAUCAGGUGUAUAUAUUCUUAAUGCUGUGUGUAUUUUGUGUGUUUGUUAUUUUAUUUGAAAAUGAAUGAUUGUUAAAAAUUCUGAUUUUCUUUUUCAUUGUUGUGAUGGGAUUUUUAAAUCAUACAUUUGAGUUAAAAUCAAAAUCCCUCCUUUUUUUUAUCAAAGUGCUUUUGUCAAUAUUGGAGGUACAUGUAUAUAUUUCCAUAUUGCCUAAAUUGAACUUUAUUUAAAAAUCGAUGGUUAAUAUGGAGAAACCACAACACAGCAAUGAAGAGACAAUCAUAGUGUGAAAGAGAGACAAAAUCCUGUAUAUAAUGAGAAGAUAUUUUGAUAUACAUACUAUCAACAUUCCAUAUUGUACAUGAAUAUAUAUAUAUAGUGGAGAUGUAGAUUUUUUUUCAUAUUUUAAUCACAUUUUGUAAACUUAGCACAGUACAUUAUAGCUUCUCCUUCAAAAGGCUUGAAUGUUUUUUUAAGAACAAACAUCUAAAAUCAUGUCUCUGUAUAAAGCUCAUAAAAAGGUUUGAUUAAAUUUUUAUACAUGCAUUUUUAUUAUGUAUAUAUUUUCAGAUAAAACCUACUUUGGAAAUGAGUGUAUUUGUGAUAGGAAAUUCAUUUUCAUUUUUAUUCAUAUAGUUAUUUCAUGACCAAUUUUAUAUUGCCUCUGUUUUGAUAGUUUACAUACAAAAUACCUAUGAUUCAAAGUUGUAAAAAUGUGCAUAUAUUUGGUUUACCAAAAAAAACAAAAACAAAACAAAACAAUUUUAGUUGGUAUACAUGUAAUUUGCGGGAAAAAAAUUCGAUUUAACUUGCAUACUACAUGUACAUUUUUUUCUGGGAAAAAUUUCAUAUAAUAAUUGGAUUUUUUAAAAGAAACAUCAUGUAUAUCAACUGUAUUUAUAAUAUCAGCAAAAUGUAAUUUUUAGAUAAUUUUG